AUGCAGCAAGAACAAGAACCCAAGCAGCAAAUAUUUGAUUUUUCGAGGUUUACUCAAAACGAGGAAGAUGUUGAUGAUCAUAGUACUCAACCUUCAAAAAAGAAGAUAAAGUUAUCACCUAUUCAAUAUGACGACUAUCAAGCUGGUUCGAUAAUCAAAAUAAAAAUGAAAAAUUUCAUGACUUAUGGUUUGGUAGAGUAUCAAUUAUGUCCCUCAUUUAAUAUGAUUAUUGGUCCGAAUGGUUCUGGUAAAUCUACUGUCGUAUGUGCUUUAGGUUUAGGUUUGGCUUCGAAGCUUGAUAUCACAGGCCGUGGUGAUAUAGUAACUCAAUAUAUUCAAAAUGGUAAAACAUCUGGAAAGAUUGAAAUUACUUUGAAAUAUUCAGAUCGUAUUAAAAAUGUCAAAGGUGUUAAUCCCAACAGAGAAACGGUUACUAUUAAGAGGGAAAUAAGUAUAGAUGCUAAAAAAUCUAACUACAAGAUUAAUAAUACUGUGGUUAAUGAAAAAGAUGUAAGAGAUAUAGUAUCAAAAUUGAAUAUUCAGUUAGAUAACUUGUGUCAGUAUUUACCACAGGAGAGGUUAAAAGACUUUGCCAGAUUGAAAGGUGAAAAAUUGCUUUUGGAGACUAUAAGAGCAGUUGAUCCUGCGUUAUUGUCGGAUUUUAAUGAAAUGAAAGAAUUACAAGAAGAACAAAUAAGGGACGAUGUUACUUUAGCUAAGAAUAAAAGUAGAAUUGAGGAAUUGAAAAAGGAAGGAGAAAGAUUAAAACAUCUAGUCGACGAAUAUAAUACAUAUGUCAAAAUUAAAUCUGACCUUAAAUUAUGCAAAGAUGCAAGACCAUAUUUCUAUAUCAAUGAACACAAGGAGAGCUUAAGAAGUUUAAAACAACAAUUUUUAGAAUCAAAGGAUCGGUUGAGAUCAUUCAGAAAAGACAAUAAACCAAUUAUAGCAGCCGAAACAUCAUUAAAGCAAAAGGUAAUUUCUGCUAAGGAAAGAAAACGCCAAGAAACAUCAAAUUUGUUAGCAGCUAAGGCUGCAGUCAAAGAUCUUGUGCAAGAGAUAAAUACGGCUAAAGAAUCAAUGAUCAGUAGCAAAGGGAAAAUAAAGUAUUACAAAGAAAGGAAUAUAAAAUUAAAAGUACAAAUAGAUGAGACAACUAAGGACCUAGAAGACAAAAAACAAGCAAUAGCGUUGAUGAACGUUCCUAAAAAAGAAAAAUUUAACGAAAUGGAGUCUGAAAAAAAUAAACUUAUAACAGAAGAGUUUGAUUUGAAAAGCAAACUGAAAACAAAUGCAAAUAAAAUAGGAAGGUGUUCACAUAAUAUUAAAACUUUAGAAUCACGGAUACAUGGGAAGUCUAAAUUGUUGACUUCAUCAGAUAGGAUCAGAAUAUUAGAUAGUUCAGCUGAUCUAAAUGAUGUUAGAGGAGCUGUUUUAACGAUACGAUCAAAUUCUUCUAUGAAAGCUAAGGUUUUGGAGCCACCUAUAAUGACAGUCUUUGUCAAUGAUCAUUCGCUUGCUCCCGCAUUAGCUAAAUGUGUCGAUUAUAACACAUCUAAGGCUUUAACAAUUACAGAUUCAGAAGCUUUUGAUAAUUUUGGUAAUCAGUUAAUUAGAACUUACAAAGUGAACACUAGAGAGCUUGCUGCAUUUAACAAGACACCUCCUGUACCCAGAGAUCGACUAAUAGAGUGGGGGUUCGAUGGUUAUCUAGUAGAUUUUGUCAAAGGAGAUGAAAAGGUAAUUGAUAUGCUUUGCCAAUUCUGUAAUAUCCAUACAAUCCCCGUAUCGAAAGAAUCUCUUAAUCCAAGAGUCCUCGAAAAAUUAACCUCGGCUAAUCGUCACGGUGACAUUUAUUUUAAAAGAGUUAUAAAUAAGGAUAGACUGAUUGUGAUUAAAAAAUCUCGUUAUAACAAUAAAAUAUUCACUAUUGAUAAUGGUUUGGAUGAUACUAUAUAUUAUAAAGCUUCAGUUUUAACACCGGAGAAUAAAAAGAAAAUAGAAGAUGAGAUUGCAGGUUUGGGACGUGAUAUUCAGAAGGAAAAAGAUGAGAUUAAAAAUAUAGAGAAUGAAAACACUAAAUUGAAUGAUGAAAUUGUUGUAAUUAAGCGAAAGUUAGCUCUAAUUCAGGAAGAACUAAAGAAAUUGAACUCCCAAAGAGAAAAAUAUUUUAGAGUUGAAAAUGAAAUCAAUUCAAUGGAAAAUAAGCUAAAGGACUUGGAGAAGCAAACACAAGUAGAUGUAUCUGAUAAAAUUCGAGAAAUUGAAUCAAAGUUAUUGCAAUCGGUUAAAGAAGAAUCUAAUUUGAUUUUCAGAAUGAAUGAGAAAAUGAAAAAGGUAUACCGAUGCCAAAAAGAUGUUUUACACUCUGAUGUAGAAUAUUUAGAAGCAUUGAAUAUUGAGAAAUCGAUAGGAGAUAUAAUAAAUCUGUUUUCUAAUAAGGAAAAGGAACUAGAAGACGUGGUUGCCAGUUUGAAAAAUGAAUUAAGAACUAAGAAUAAUACAGAAGAUUAUGAACGAUGGAAAGAAGAAACAAGGAGUUAUACUGAAGAAAGAAAGAAAAUUAUAGAGAAAUAUAUAGAGAAGUGUAAGGAUAAAGAUAAUUUGACAGUGGAUUUUAUUGAUAGAGAAAUAUCAAGACUGGAGUCGACCUUGAAAAAUACCAAUGAAGAAAAGACCUCUGCGCUAUUGUUAGAGAAUAACAAUAAGGAAUUGAAGGUUAUUGAGGAUGGCAUGCCAGAUCUAGAGGGAAAACUGAAAUCAACAAAAAGUCAAAUAGCAGUACUAAGAGAUAAUACUGAGCCAAAAAUUGAUAAUUUGAUUAAAGGGAUCUCAAAUAAAUAUUCCCAACUUUUCACUUCUGUAGGAAGUGCUGGCGAGAUCAAAUUAGAGAAACCGAAUAAUUUUUCUAACUGGCAAGUUAAAAUAUUAGUUAAAUUUAGAGAUAAUGAAAGUGUAAGAGAAUUAACUUCUCAGUCUCAAUCAGGUGGUGAAAAGGCAGUUUCAACUGCUCUGUACAUCAUAUCAUUGCAAAAUUUUACAAAAGCACCUUUUAGAGUUGUUGAUGAAAUUAAUCAAGGUAUGGAUUCAAGAAAUGAAAAAAUUAUACACAGAAUUAUGGUUGAAAAUGCCUGUGAAGAUAACACCUCACAAUAUAUUUUAGUGACACCAAAAUUAUUGACAGAUUUGUAUUACCAUGAAAAGAUGAGAAUUCAUUGUGUAAUGGCAGGAUCUUGGGUGCCUAAUACUCAAGAGCACCCUGAAGCUCUAAAUUUAGGUGAAACAUGUAACUACAUGUUAAAUACAGAAUAG